UUCACAUAAACCCUUUCCACUUUCUCCUCGCCGUUUCUCUGCAAAUGAAGCUUGUACGUUUCAGUGCAAUCCUCCACAGCAUCAAAUCUCAUUUGGGUCUCGGAAAUGUAGUGGCUUUAAGCUCGUACUCAACAAAAAUAGAAGAACGAAGCCGGAGACUUUCGAGAUGGAAAGGCUCGAUGAACGCUCUUUACCGUCGGAUCUCCCCGAUCGGAGAUUCAAGGGUCUCAAUAGUUCCAUUGUUGGACCAGUGGAUCGAAGAAGGACGUCCUGUCGACAAAGAACAACUCCAAAGCUUCAUUAAAGAGUUGCGAUCUUACCGACGAUUCCGUCACGCUCUUGAGAUUUCUAUGUGGAUGACCGACAAAAGAUACUUGCCACUUACAUCUGUUGAUGUUGCCAUUCGUCUGGAUUUGAUCUCUAAAGUUCAUGGCACAGAACAAGCGGAAAAUUAUUUCAACAAUGUUCCGAAACAACUAAAGGGCCUUCCAGUUUAUAGUGCUUUGCUUAACUGCUAUGCCAGUGUAAAAUCUGUGGAGAAAGCAGAGGCCACCAUGCAGAAAAUGAGGGAUUUGGGUUUAGCUCGGACAUCGAUGGCAUACAAUGUUAUGCUUAAUCUUUAUUAUCAGACUGUAAAUUCCAAGAAACUUGAUAGUCUGUUGCAUGAAAUGCAAGAAAAAGGCAUUGGAUAUGAUAGAUUUACAGUGGGUAUACUCCUGAGUGCCUUUGGAGCUACAUCUGAUGUUGAUGGAAUUGAUAAGAUUCUGGCAGUGAUGGAAUCAGAUCCCAAUUUUGUUUUGCACUGGACGGUUUACAGUAAUGCAGCAAAUGGGUACGCGAAAGCUGGACUCUUGGACAAAGCUGUGGAGAUGCUGAAGAAAUCCGAGGAACUAAUACCGGGUAAAGAUAGCAAUAGAGCAUAUGAGUUUCUUAUCACACUAUAUGCAAAAUUUGGGAAGAAAGAUGAUGUUUUAAGACUUUGGGAAUUUUACAAGAACAACCAUAAGAUUUACAAUAAAGGCUAUAUAUCUGUCAUACCUUCUAUAUUGAAAUUUGAUGAUUUUGAAACUGCCAAGAAGAUGUUUGAAGAGUGGGAAUCAAUAAAUGAAAACUAUGAUAUUCGGAUUUUAAACUUGAUGAUUAGUGCUUAUAGCAGAAAAGGGCUUUUGCUGGAGGCGGAAAAUCUUAUAUAUGGGGCAAAAUUGAAAGGGGGGAAGCCUGAUCAGAAAACUUGGCUCUAUAUGGCAAUUGGGUAUUUUCAGUAUAAUCAAUCUCAAAAAGCAGUGGAAGCGAUGGAAGAAGCAUUAGUGAUUUGUAAAACUGGCUGGAAGCCCAGGAUGGAAAUUUUUUCUGCCUGUCUAAAAUACUUCAUAGGUAAAGGAGAUACAGAGAGAGCAGAGAAAUUCAUAAAAUUACUUAGGAACAAGGAUAUCAUCCCUGUGGAGCUCCAAGAUAGGUUGUUGAAUUAUGUCCAGAAUGGGAAAUCAAACGUGGAUGAACUCAGUGAGUUUUUUGGUGAUUCUUUGAAUGAAAAUGGAGAAUCACAUUUAGAGCCCGAGUAUGAUGUUGGUGAAUCAAAAAAAGAAGAGACAUGCUGAAUAAGCUGGACCUAAAAGGUAAAUGGAGCUUUAAGGUUUAUUUUGUGAAACGCCUUCUGUCUUCUGUUUAUUGUGAUUGGAAGUUUAAUAUUUUGUUUCCCAGUUUGGGACAUUGGAGGUAAAGCUACUCCAGGUUUCGUCAUCUAGAUGGGCAAGGAAGAUGACAAAUUAUGUACAAUGGCUUUUUCUAACUUUUGGGCACAGGGAGUCGACCUCAGUCGAGUCCUGCACAAAAAUAUUGAAGUGAACAUUGGCUGAAAUUUCCAACAGGACCUCGACCUCUCUGGAUCAGCAAUGAAUACAAUGUAAUACGCUAUUUAUGCUCAAGUAGAGGCAGAGAUAUAAGUUAUGUAGAAGAUGUUCCAAUUUCAAAUUCUUUCCUUCUGAACUUCAUUGUUGAAUAUAUGCCCAUAUGGUGAACCUCACUUUUACCUUAAAAAUUUAUUUUUGAAAAUAACCUUCAAUGGUUAUAGAU